GAGCAGUACACUAAUUCUGGUGAGUCCUAAUCCAUCACUUGCCACAAAGCCUUCGUUAAUUCCUUGGAGUGGCCUAAUCUAUAUCCAUUGUGAUAACGGACAAAAGUUUAUUAAAGUUCAGAUCCAAGAGGUGGUUGCACAGAGUGUGUCUGGAGCAGACUUUCCUGCUAGAAGACGUGAUAUAUUUACUCCACAGUCUGAAAAUCCUGCUAUUCAUGUGGCAAGGCCUCUCUCAGUGCUCCCUCUAACAAGAAUGGAAUUAAAGAACAGAACCGUUGUUUUUCCGAAAACAAGGCCUGGCCAAAGCUCAGAAAGUUACCUGGAAAUGGAGAAUAAAGGGGACGAAAACAUGAAGUGGCAUUUGUCAUCUUUUGCGCCACCAUAUGUUAAAGAUGUGGAUAGAACUGGUUGUGUUUAUAGGGUUACUUACUCCGCUUUCAGAUGUUCCCGUGUUUCUGGUACUCUUGAAGCUCAUGGAAAAGAGAAGGUUGCUGUAAUCUUUAUACCUAGAGAUAAAGGGGAUUACUGCCAGUUCUGGGACCUUGAAUGUCACCCAGUUGAAAAACCUAGUUGGAAACAUAAAUUAAGAUUUCAAUUGUCUGGAACAGGUAGUAGAACAGAAAAUGAAACUUCAGUUGUGAAAGCUUCUGCAAGUGCCCUCACAGAAACUGAGCUUCCAGUUAUACCAGAAACGGUUUACUCUGAAGCACGUACAAUGAAAGCAGGACAAAAUCAGGUAAUUCGAGGGGUAUAUGCACCAGAAGACUUGUACACUUUUCCUCCAACCAGAGUUGGGGAAUCAUGCACGUUGAAGGUCAACUUGCGGAAUAAUUCCUUUACAACAGACUUUCUGACAUUUGUAAGUCCCAGUGAGCCUUUCUACAUCAAGCACUCAAAAUACUCUCUAAGAUCCCAUCAUUACAUCAAUGUACCAGUCCAGUUCAAGCCAAAGGAAGAAGGAAACUUUGAAGGUGUCUUCGUUGUGCUGUCAACCAAAUAUGGCUCAGUUAAUAUUCGGCUAUGUGGUAAAGCUAUUGCAAAAAAUAGUCAAAACAGUUUUAUAAGUGACAAUAACUUAUAA